UGGGUGACGCUAAGUUCCGCAGAAGACCCGGACAUGAAGGCACCGUAUGAAAUAGAAAAAUUUACGCACCAUCCAGGGAUAUAUUUUGAAAAGCUAGGAGGAUUACAUCAGGUUGAAUCCUUCUGGAAAGUGGUCAUCAAGAUAGACGUGACGACACUAUCAAAACGACUCGCACAGGUAGAAAAAUACGUACGCAAAACGGAUAAUCUAUGCAAAAUGAUAGCAGUCAUAGGGAAAGAAACAUGCGAAAAUUUACACAGCGUUAUUGCAAAAGGGUGUGAAAGAACUAAUAAAUUAAUAGAACGCAUAAACUCAACAUACAAUACAAGAAUACACAAAAGAGGAUUAAUCGACGGGAUAGGAUCAGUCGCAAAAUCAUUGUUUGGUACGAUGGACGCAAACGAUGAAAAAUUAAUUAACGAACAACUAACGGUAUUACACGACUCACAGGAAUUAAACAAACACGCAAUAAAAAACCAAAUAAAAAUAAUGCAAGCCACUAUCGCUCACAUUGAUAACAGUGAAAGAACUAUCCGACAAAACGAAAAUACUCUCGCGGACGCGACAGACAAACUAAGAACAAAAUUAUUAGAAGACGAACGCCAAAGUAACUUACACGAAAAUUUUAUAAUAAUUAACGCGGUACUGUCUGAUCUAACACGCGACGCGGAAGACGUACUAGAAUAUUUAACGUUUUUAAAAGAAGGAAUUCUGCAUCCUCGGUUAACACCUAUAUCAAUAAUAAUAGAAUCACUUAAAGACGCUAGCUCGCAAUUGCCCGAAGGACUCUACUUCCCAUUCAGAAUAAAAAAGAAUGAAUGGUCGACAAUAGAGAAAUUUGCGACAGUAGGCGCAUACUGCGAUCAAAUAAAUAUAUAUACUAUUUUACGAUUCCCUCUAAUUUCGAUGCCAAAAUACGAAAUACUAAGUGUAAUUCCGCUACCUAUCCCAAGUCAGAACAACAUUUUUUCGUUCGUAGAAAUUAACAAUCCCCUGAUUGCAAUAGACACAGAACAGCGUACUUACAUAACCCUCGCAAAGAACGACCUGCGGAAAUGCAUAGAGAUAAAUACCGAAUACCUAUGCACGGAAAAUCACCCCGUAUAUCGAAUAAACCCAGACUCUAUCUGCGAGAUAAAAAUGUAUCUAGAAACGAAAGAUCAUUAUAAAAAUUGUAACAUAAAAAAUGCGACGUCGAACCACAGUCUUUGGAUAGCGUUAAGUAAUUCACACUCGUGGCUAUACUCGUCACCACGAAAGCAAGUAAUUACUCUACAUUGUAAAGACCAUGGAAAAAUAAAGGAAACAAUUGAAAAAGUAGGUAAAAUUACAUUAAAAAAUAACUGUAAGUUAGUGACAGAAAAUACAAUUAUAAGAUCACCCAAGAUGUCACAUGAGACAAGAGUAGAAUCAUAUCUCCCUCAGUAUAAUAUUUCACUACUACAGAAGCCUGGUUUAGAAAACGAUACAGGUCUCAAAGAAAUAAAAUUAAAAAAUAUUAUACCAAAUCCGACGGAAUUAAAAAAUUCCAAGGAUAAAUUAGAGGAGAUAGACAACGAACUAGAUAAAAAUUCAAGUUCGAUUUUUCAGUCGCCACACUUUAUUUUUCCAAUGGCGACAAGCGGAACAACAAUUGUAAUAAUAAUAAUAGCCGUAGUAAUAGGAUUUAUUAUAAUAAAAAAGAAAAAACGGAAUAACAAUAAGCGGGUGACAUUAGAUAUAGAUACAGAAUAUACGAUACCGAGAUCUAUCCUAAAACGAAGCAACAGCACACGUUUCUAACACAAAAAACAUAUAUAUAUAUAUGUAUAUAUAUGUAAUAGUAAUUAACAACUAUAUGUAAUAGUAAUUAUUAUAUAUAUCAUAUACAAUUUGAUCCAUUAUUUCCUGCGGGAAAAAACGUGGCAUUAGUUUGCACAGCUCUACGUCUCGGAUUAACAAAAUCAGACCACACGAUAUAUCGCGUUACACCGGAACCAAAGAAUCAAAAAACUUAUUUCUGCAAAUUUCGCUCACACACCGGAUGUGCAUAGCUGAAUUGACUAUGACCAUAUAUGGCCCGAUUUAGGGAAUUACACCCCACCACUUCCAUUCCUACGAGAUUAUAAAAACUGACGACCCAAUCGAGCCCCAAAGACUCGAUACUGUCGUUACGAUAAACAAAGUUCAAGCUCAAGAACAACAGCAGCAGCCAGGCGGAACCAGCCCCGCAAAUUACCCCGGUGACAUAGAGUUUACAACACACACACCAACUCCAAGGACAGGAUGAAAAUUCCUGUGGAAUUUGAACUCAGCCAGCCCAUCGAUGGAGUGCGCCCAUUGGACCACCCAGAAAGAUACGAAAGACUUCUACGAAGCAUCUGCCUCCAACCAACAGAGAGAUGUCUAGUGGAAACAGAGUUUCCUUGGAGAAGAUGGUGCCGAAGCUGUUAUCGCCAACGAUACCGGCUUUAUUGCACCAUACGAGAUCCAUCGGCACACGGAUACCGGACGCAACUCUCACCUGACGAACAUUGGGAAACGAUCACCGAGUGUUUCAAAUGCGGAAAAGUGUUAAUGAACGUGUGCCCUGCCAGAAACUGCCGGAAGUGCAUCGAGAUAUUCCUCGACGAAGAAGAGGCCGUAAACGAGACCCUGGACAUGAACAUGUUCAGUUUUGAAAGAUUUUAAAACCUGUGUGUACGCGAAUCUGAGAACGAGCAAUACCAGCUACGAAUGGUAUGUAAUUAUUAGUAUAAAACAAUAAAGAAAUAGCGAUUAGUAUAUAGUGUUUCACUAAGGAAAAGCGAUAAGAUAGCGUAAACUAUUAGUUGCGAAAACUCAGCCCCUCGUUUUCUUUUCAAUAAGGGGGAGGGAUGUUGUGAGUGCGCGACACUCACACAAACUCUACUUGUAAUAACGAGAAGGGUGUCAAGUGACACCUCGCGCGACGACACCGUCCGGCCUUGCUACCGGGCAUCGCACCGGCCUUCACACCGGACAUCACACCGAGCUACAUAUCCGGUUACUCAUUUGGCCACCCGAAAUCUCCUGAUUUCCGGUGGAAUGCGCCUAGCUAGCAAUUGCUGGCUAAGCUAGUGCACGGGCCAAAGGCCCGUGACCGCGAGUGACACCCCUUGGUAACAAGCCGAAAGGCUGAGUAUAUAAAGACCGCGGAAAGAGAACGAGUGGGCUCAUAAUCAAUAAUAAUAGCGACGAGUAUAUGUCGCUCGUCGAAACUACAAACUAGACGAAGUAACUCAUCUUUCGGGUUCGCUAACGAAAA